UUGGAGCGAAGAUGAACAUUGAACUUUCCCGAAUGUAACGUCGCGAAAGCUUAACCAAGGGAAAAUACCUAAUGGAGGAUAGCUACCGUCAAGCACACACAGAGGAAUAAUUCGUAUAUUUCUCGCGGUUCUUUCAAGCUUAAACAUCAUGGGAGGCAAGAGCAGCAAGAAAAGUCAAGAUAACGAGUACGCACAGUUGUCUUUUGAAGACGAUAACAGUAUCCAGGAGAAAAAGAGAAACCCUUUCUCACCACAAAAGAAUACUGAGCUAGAGUCCUGUGUUCGUAGAAAAAGCUUUACUGAUGUUUUUGAGCCUGGAAAGGAAGUUCAGGCAAAUUCCGUGAAGGUCUUGAGGACUACAUCGUGUGACAGAAUUUCUGGCACUCAGGAAAUCAGCCUUUCUUUUGACGUUGUUCCUGAACAAGUACAGUUGGCACUCGAGAAAUCACCCGUUCUUUUGCCAUCCCCCCCUAAAAGAGAUGUCUCCGAUGCUGCCACGAAGAUAUUAUAUAAUUAUGCUGGACAAAUCGUCAGCAACGACGAUGUUAUCGUAACCCUUCCCGUCAAAACAGAAGAGAGCGUAGAUGUUUCAAAUUUUGACUCAGUCCGCUCGAUAGAUGCUUACAAAAUUGAUGGAGGCUCUGUUAAAGGCGACAGUCCAAGUAUUGGACAUCAAAGUGUUACCAAAGCUGGAAAUAAUGGACACAGCGAUACAAGAAAUUCUGUUGACAUCGGGGGUGUUAGCAUGACAUGUACUGACAAUAUCGACAGGAGUGGGCAAGUCGUGAGUUCCACAGGGGGCAAUAAGAACGUUGGCAGUACGGAAGCAUGCAAGAAUGGUGAAAAUUGCAAGAGCGGCAUUGAAUUGAAUGAGACAAAUUCGCCUGCUAUGGAUGAAAGUGCAACUGUGAACUUGAAACUCGCUGGUAGCCAUCAUGCCUUCGCAUCUGAUACUUGUGAUAGAAAGAACAUUGGAAAUGUUGAUUUCAGAGAAGUACAAAAGUGCGCUGACAGUUGUCUUGAUAACACUGGAAAUAUUACUGCUGUUAAGAAUAAUACUCAUGCCAGCCUCGAAACUAAUGACGAUAGAAAUGAUGGUGAUGCUGUUCCAUUUGCAUUGGUAGAAAGUGUUAGCAUCGGCUCGUUUGCACAUACUCGCGGCCUCGAGAAAGACGAGAGCGGCACUGAAAAUGUUCGUAAUGCCAUUUGUGUCAGUGCUGACAAUGAAAUUACCCCAGUUAUUGACAGGAAUACCAUUGGAGAUAAUGAUUUUGAGGGUGACUUUAUCAUCACUGGCUUAAGUGCUCGUGCCAUUGGACAGGUCUCUGGUAAGGAUGCUAACAGCAGUCCAAAAAGCAGCAGUAAUAGCAAUAGCCACCGUGGGGGAGAAUUUCACUCAAGUGCUGAGACUGGAAUAGAAAGCAUUGUACCUACUGAUGGAAAAUUACGCUCUGGCAAAUAUAGUUCUAACACUUUUGAAUAUGAUGGUUCCGGUGGCCGUGAAAUUGUUCAUGAAGGAACUAUUUGUGCCAAAUUUAAUGACGUCCAGAGCAGCAGAGCACUAAACGUUGAGGUUGAUCACGAAAAUAUGCGAAACGUUCACCCAGCUCUAGAGAAGUGUGAUUGUUAUGGGAGUGGUGAUGUCUGCUAUUCUUUAGAAGAAGGAGUUAAGGAUGAAUAUGGAAUUGACGAUUCGUAUGCAGACUUCUGCUUUGAAGAUUAUGCAAAACAUACGUCAAGGACUGAUGAAAUACCGGAGGACACAGACGAUGACGAUACGUAUGCUGACUUCUGUUAUAAAGACUAUUCAAAACGUAACUCGAAGACUGAUGAAACACAGGAGGGAGGAGACGAUAACGACGGGUGUGCUGACCUCUACUUUGAAGACUACGCAAAACAGAACUCGAAGGCGGCUAAAAUUCAGGAGGAAAAAGAAGAAGACAUAGAAGAAGAGGAAGGAGAUGAAGACGAGGAGGAAUGGUCUUGGUUUGACAGCUGCACACGAAAACGAGACAACUUUGCCGAUGAAGAGCUUGGAGGAGAGGGAAGGGCGGAUGAAAAGGGGGAGAAGAAGGAUAAAGAAGAUCAGCAGGAUGAUAAUGAUGGUGAUGAUGGUGGCAAAGAUAAUGGAGAUGAAAUGGAGCACGAGCAGGAAAAGAUAAGAGGGAAAGACUAUGGCAUUGAUGAUCAUGAUUAUAUUAGCGUAAACUAUGUUGUGGAAGAUGAUAUGGAGGAUGAGGAAGAUAAUGAAGGAGAAGAGGCAGAGUACGAGGAGGAAGAAGGAGAGGAAGAAGAGGAAGAAGAGGAAGAGGAGGAAGAAGAAGAAGAAGAAGAAGAAGAGGAAGAACAAGAAGAGGAAGAAGAAGACGACGAGGAGGAAGAAGACGAGGAAGAGGACGAGGAAGAGAAAGAAACCGAAGAAGAAGAAGAAUAUGACGAUGACGAUAGCGAUGAUUAUGAAGAGGUGCAAAAAGAAUUGGAAAAGAAAGGAGAAGAGAAAAAGUAUGUGGAGGAAGAUGACUUCACAAAUUGGUGGUAUGAUGGGGAUGAGGUGUACGACGAUUUAUAUGACUAUGAAUCUGAAUUAGUUUGUGGCCAGGAUAUCAAAGGGUACGAAUCUAACACGUCGCAUUUAAGAAAUUCCAUCAUCUAUUCGAGCCAUCAUGUUGAGAGCAAUGUGCAUUCAUCAGUUUCAUUAACCAAGCCCUCUUGGCAAGUUUAUGAUGAACGAAGUGAGAAUCUGAAGAGAGAACUGUUCAUCGACGCAAGGGCCAGGCAUGAGGAAAGUUUUUCAGAAAGUCAAUUUAUCCCAGGAGACCCUGAUGACGCGUCAUUACCACAUCUGUUGUCAUCUGACUCUGAAGCGUAUCAUACAGACGCGUUUUUGGUCAAAGGAUUAAACACGAGAACAACAAAGGAUGCAUUGUUAAACUUUUUUGAGGUGAUAAGUGGUGGACAAGUCAAAGAAAUCACGUCAUUGAAUGAAGGGACCACUUUGGUUACCAUGGAAUUCCCAAUUAAAGACAUUGCAAAGAUGAAAGAGAAGUGUGGGGGACGAACGUUAGAUGGCAGCAAAAUCAUAAUAACGCCAGCCUCUCCUUGCACCAGUGUAAUAGUGAGUGGUUUAUCCCUCGAUACUUCUCAUGAUUUCGUGAAGUUGUAUUUCGAGAGUCCUCGCAGUGGAGGCGGUCCAGUGGAUACAGUUCAUUUUACAGAAAAAAGAGGUCAAGCUGUUGUUGUUUUCAACAACGCAAAAGACAUGGAACGGGUGUUAGCGAGACAGACAGAACGACCACAUGUUUUGGAUGGACAGGAUCUCAUAGUAACAGUAUUUCAUGGGCUAUUUCCAAAUCUUGACCAGGAAGAUAUAGUGGGACACGUGGAUUCUUCGCCUCCUCGUGACAGAUCUGAACAAUAUAUAGCAACCAAACAACCAAUUCAGACAGCCAAGCAAACGUUAUGUUUAGCUGUUAACCCUGAUGUAAUGGAGUUUAUCCAUAACUCAUUACACUUUAACGAUUUACAAGAUUUACUUGAAAAGAGACGAUGUGAUCUAGAUUGGAAAGCUGGUGGCAAGCAUGCUCUUAUUCAGUGCAAUGGAGACCCUGAGGGCAAUUGUUGUCCUUCCCUAUGCGUUGACGAAGUGCAGGCGUUUCUCGAAAAGUUUGUACAGUGGCAUGUUCCAAUAGAAGAAGAAAUAUGGAACAGUCUAGACUCGGGUUCCUUGGCAAAUGUUUGCGAUUUUAUAGGGGAUGAUCCUCCACUUGUUAAAAUUUCUGAGGGAAACUCUGGUUUCUAUCUGAGGAUGGUUUCUCUCAGAUCAGAUAAAGAGUCCCAUGAAGAAAUAUUUCAAGAAGCACUAUCCCACAUCUACCAGCUAGAGAGAAAACAAAACUAUCGGACGGAAAAUAUACCAAAUGUCCCGAAAGAAAGAAUUCAGCUGCUGAAAAAAACUAACUUCGAAGACAAGCUCGAAGAAGAAUUCGAAGAUUUGAUAGUGAGGAUUGACGACGAAAGCGACGAAAUACUAUUUAAAGGGCCGACGGACGAGGUAACAGAUGCUAUAACAAGAUAUUGUAUGCUUAACGCUGAGGUAACUGACAAGAAAUUACAGUUUCCUCCUUAUAUCUUGCAAGUGCUUAACACUGAUACAGCAUUGCAGGCAAUCAAAGACGAAAUGGCAGAAAAUGAGGCAGACGCUGUGUUUGUCCUCGAGGAGGACGAGUCAACUUCGCGCGUCGUCGCCGCAAAGGUAACUGGAAUUUCAUCGGAACAAGCGGAGAAGGCGUACAAUCUUAUUAAGAGAUUUACAGCAGAAGCCGUUCUUAAAAUCGAAGAUCAAGAUCUUGUAUUAACAACUACGCCUGAAUGGAACCAGGCCUGCGACGAGAUCGAAAAAGAUGGUACAGUUGCAAUUCGUAGAGAUGAAACUGGCAGAACGUGGCUUGGGGGUCUCUCAAGAGAUGUUGAGUUUUCCAUCAAAAAGUUGCAGUUGUUCAUCAAAAAGAGAGCCGUGAAAAUAUCAAGAAAGAACUUCUUAUGCCCCUCAAAGCAAAUCAAGAGAUAUUUAAGAGAGCAUUGCAAAAGCGAUUUCAUUGCCAUACAAACGAAAUAUGACAUCACGAUCCUUGACGGACAAGCUGGUGAUAAGUUUAUCAUUUCGGGGCGAGAUGACGGUUUGAAUCCCGCAAGCCAUAUGCUGGAUCGCCUUAUUGAAGGAUUCGUGACUAAAAAACUUGAACUAAGGCAAGCAGGCCUUGGAAAGUUCUUUUCCGAUGGCAAGGCGGACAAUCUUGUGGAAAAGAUCGAAAAGGACCUGAAAUGUGUAAUUUGUAUCGAAAAAACGAUGGCCAAAAUUAGAACAGAGAGUCUUGCAAGCAAGACAGCACUUUUUGAAUCAGAUUCUACAGAGAGCGAAGAUGACGAAGUGACAGAAGACAACUCUGCUUUGAGCUUGGUUAAACAGAGCAGUGCUUCAUUCUAUGUUACGACCCAGGGACACAGCAUCUCAUGGAGGGCUGGGGAUAUUGUCAAAGAGCAGGCCGAUAUAGUGGUGGCCUCCCAAGGAGCAUGCGCGAGGUCGAUCAGGCGUGCUGCCGGUCCAAGAAUGCGAUUAGUGACACCAAAUCCUGGAGAGAUUGAAGUUUCACCGGGAUUUCAAUUGCCUUGUACUCACGUGAUUCACACGUACUGUGCUGAGUGGAAUGGAGGAAACGGAGAAACGGCAUUAGGAUCCAUUGUUCGAAAAUCACUACGAAAAUCCGAUGAGCUCAGUGCAAACUCCAUUGCUUUCCCUGUGAUUGGAACUGGAAAUUUACUAUUCCCCAAACGCAAAGCUUCCAGGAUUAUGUUGGACGAAGUGGUCAGUUUCUGUGACAACAACCCACAUUCUUCUGUAAAGGACGUUCGCUUCGUUAUCUUUGACCAGGAUCAAAAUCUCAUUACCGCCUUCCAACAGGAGAUGAGCAGUUUGCAAUUACGCUGUGGAAGUGUAGCUAAGUCAGGAAAUACUGUUGAGGCUCAAACAUGGUGGAAGAAGAUUGAGGUCGUUGAGGGUAAUCUUACAGAACAGAGAGUGGAUGCCAUUGUUAACAUCAUUGGAAAAGACAUGGACUUGUCCAGAGCUGGGGCACUUAGUAAAGCAGUAGCAAGAGCUGCUGGAGGGCGCGUGGUACGAGAGUGCAUGGAUCUUGGACCCCAACCAGGUGGAUCGGUUGUGAUGACUAGUGGCGGGAACUUGCCAGUAAGUAAUAUUAUCCACUUGGUACCACGGUCUUCAGAUAAACAGCAUCUCAAAGCCUGCCUUGAAAAGUGUCUCUACCUUGCUCAUUCGAAAGGUCUUCAUUCCAUAGCCAUUCCUGCCAUUGGAACAGGAGCAUAUCAAAUGACUGCUUCAGAUUCAGCACUUCUGACCUUUCAAGCUUUGGGAAACGUAGGUGUAGUUUGCUCAAGUUUUUCCCGAAUUAAAAUUGUGAUUUUUGUAAAAGAAAUGUUGAAGACCUUUGUUAAAGAGCACAAACGGGUUGUGACGUUUUAGUUCGACUAAAAACGCAAAGAUCGAGGAAGCAUUUAGAAAAAAGUCUCCAAAUGUGACUGUUGGACUUCGUGGAGAUCAGUUUCAACUGCAUUUUAGGGACAGCACAGGAAAAGGCAGCUUAUCAGGAGAGAAGAUAAAAAUCAGCCGCAAGGUUGUGGGGACAAGCGAUGCUGGAGGAAUAUCACUGCCAAAUCACUGGGAGGCUAUGCCAAAGGAGGCAAACGGGAAUGAGAUCACCGUUCAUACAGUAAAACUUCAAUCUCAGUCUUCCGAGUUUCAGGGUGUUGUGCAGAUGUUUACAAAGACUAUGAACUCAGUAACCGUUAAGAGAGUGGAGCGCAUUCAAAAUCCCCUGCUUUACCAGGCGUAUCAGCUGAGGAAACAGAAAAUGGACAAAGACAAUGGAGGCAACAAUGAGCUUCAACUGUUUCAUGGAACGGCCUAUAAUAACGUGAAGAAAAUCAAUUCUCAAGGGUUUAACAGGAACUUCUCAGGGCUGGCGCAUGGAACUCGCCUAGGUAAGGGUGUUUAUUUUGCCAGAGAUGCUUCUUUCUCCCUGCGGUUCACCCCCCCGAGAACUGAUCACAGUCGAUACAUGUACCUUGCGCGUGUCUUGGUUGGAAGGUAUUGUCAAGGAAAUCCACAGUUAGUUGUGCCUCCCUCAAGGGAUCCGUUACGGCCCGAAUUCUUUCACGACACAUGUGGAAUAGGUAAAGUUGGAGAUUUAGUGUCUAAAGAUACUAUUUUUCUAGGAAGUGAAAAAAUCUUCAAUGCAAAACUAACUGCAGGUCAAUAUUUCCUCUUACUGGGAGUGGUCAGCGCCACACCGAAUGAAUGAUGCUCCACCAUAAAGAGAAAAAAAAUGUUCAUGUUGAACCGUAUCCUUUCAUUGAUAUUCUUUUCAAGUGCCAAUAAAGGGCGAGAUGUUUGAUCUUUCUAGCAUCUCCUCCAAAAUACUGCAUAAAGAGUUCUGUUCCCGUGAAUAGAUUCCUCCGACCGCUCAAGCUAAAUUAAAAGAUUAGUAACCUCUGUUGACUGGAAAGAAGUCUAUUUAUUAGCCUUUAAUGUUACUUUGGACACAAAAUUUAGAGUAUUUGAGUAUAAAUUGCUGAACUGUAUUAUUUUACAAUUAAUAAUCUUUUUAAAUUCAAGAUUCCUGAUUCGCCAUUUUGUAACUUCUGAAAGAUUAAUAAAUAGUCCCCCGAGCAUUUUAUUGUUUUUCUGUAAGACAACUGACGUCUUCUGGAAAGAGAUAUUAUCAUGGCCGGCCAUCAAUAAAAAUGUGAUAGUUUUUCACUCUUUGAUGUUUUGCUUGGUAAAUUUGACAUUAAAGACUCUACUUUUGCUUGCAAAGUUCCAUAUCAGUUCUGCAGGUGUAAGAAUCUUCAGAAGUUUUUAAGGCUAAAUUGAAAGCCACUCUCAACGUAUAAUUUUUGCUUGCCAAAAGAAAUGGUGCACUGGCAAAAACAUUACGAGAAGUGAGAUCUUUUUUUCCCGUAUAAGUAACUCCCCUUUCCACCAUUCUACCAUUAGCAUGGUUAAAAUUAUAAUAUAUCAUGCCAGGAAAAUUCGUGAGCUGCACUUUUUGUAAUAAGCUGGUUUGAUUAAACGUUCUACUCCCCUGCUCUCCGUUGUACUACGCGUUGUAGUGUUAUUGCAAUGGUAGCAUUGUAAGCGAUGUUUAGUAUUGUAAAUAAUGUUACUUUAAGUACGUCAUGUAGUGUUGAUAGUGUAAGUAAAAUUAGUGCUGUAAGUAUUGCUACUAUUGCAAAUAGUAGUUUUUGAAAGUAAAGUUUAUUUUGUAAAAUAUUG